AUGGAUUAUCAGGACGAUCUGGUGUACCAGGCGAAAUUGGCCGAGCAGGCCAAGCGCUAUGACGAAAUGGUGGAAUCAAUGAAGAAGGUAGCGGGAAUAGAUGUGGAGUUGACAGUUGAAGAAAGAAACCUGCUGUCAGUUGCAUAUAAAAAUGUGAUUGGAGCCAGAAGAGCAUCCUGGCAGAUAAUCAGCAGCAUUGAACCGAAAGAAGAAAACAAGGGAGGAGAAGACAAACUAAAAAUGAUUUGGGAAUAUUGGCAAAUGGUUGAGACUGAACUAAAACUAAUCUGGUGUGACAUUCUGGAUAUACUGGACAAACACCUCAUUCCAGCAGCAAACACUGGUGAGUCCAAGGUUUUCUAUUAUAAAAAGAAAGGAGACUACCACAGGUAUCUGGCUGAAUUUGCCACAGGAUAUGACAGGAAGGAGGCUGUAGAGAAUAGCCUGGUGGAUUAUAAAGCUGCUAGUGAUAUCGCAAUGAUGGAACUUCCACCAACGCACCCCAUCCGCUUAGGUCUCGCUUGCAACUUUUCUGUGUUCUACUAUGAAAUUCUUAAUUCCCCUGACCCUGCCUGCAGGUUGGCAAAAGCAGUUUUUGAUGAUGCAUUUGCAGAACUGGAUACGUUGAGUGAAGAAAGCUAUAAGGACUCAACACUUAUCAUGCAGUUGUUACGUGAUAACCUGACACUAUGA